UGUACCUGGUGGGAUAUGGUGUUCAAUCCUCAGCUUGGCAAAUUCGUCUUCCAGCAGCUGAAAAUGUGAUUUUGAACCACUACGGUCCUACUAGUACUGUCAAAACAGUGCUCGAUAUGCUUUACCUUGUAUUGGAUGAUAUAGACAACAUGAGGAAAUUACAAAAGCAUCAAGUAUCCUACAGAAUUCUGAACAGGUACAUUUUCCUGACGCUCCUGUUAGAUGAUCUAGAAGAAAACUCGAACAAUCCUAUAGCUGAUAUGAUCAAAUGGUCUCCGCUCUACCUAUCGACACAUGUGCUGCAAUUAUUAGACAAAAUGAUACCGAAGCUACAAGAUGAAAAGCUGUCGAACUACUUCUUCAAGAAAGCCAAUCUGCUAGUGAACCCCGGACACCUAUCUGAUGACGAUUUCACGAUCGAAGCCACUAACGUCAGGAACAUCUUGGUGCGCCUUUUUGACGAAUCUAUAAUGUCCAUAAGUGGCAAUGAAGGUUUCGAGACCUUAUUGUCCGCCCAAAACAGCGAAAUGAUGCUUUUAUACAAGUGGAGGGAGCUAGUAGAAGGUUUGCUUCCCCCACCAGGCACCAGAGGAAGAAGAUUUUGUUUCGCUGGCGCAAAAAACAAACAAGAUAUCGCUCACACCCAAUACACUUUCAGGCAGUUAGAGUAUAUCGGAUUGGUGCUGAAUAAGAUGUUGAAUGUGAAGCAGCAUAUUUUACAGGUUGACCACUGUAUCUCAGAAGACACCGAUCUAGCCUAUCACCAACAAGAUCACCUGGAAGAUCUCAUAUUCAUUCUAGUCACCAUCAUGGACCAAGCAAGGGACCAAUACCUGACGACCCAGAAGAACCCAAACAUAAUAAAAAACCGACUGAAAAUCAAAUGCAACUUCAACAACUACACGUCGAAACUGGUCGAACUGAUGAGAAAGGACAAAGAACUAGCGACUUUGAACUUCGAAGAUGACUUGGUUCUGGUGAAAACCAUCCUCAAGUGGUUAUACCGAGGCAUGGACCAAAACAAAAAGUGCCUGGGCCCAAUCCUGAGACCAUACCUCAACAAGAUAUUCACCGCUUCCCAUGCUGCUUCAUGGCACAUAGAAUCCAUCAAGGCAAGGAUGAACCAAGAUGAGCUGACAGCCCUGGGGUGUUUCGCUAAGCUGGUGAACUCUGGUGAAAUAACUCCGGCACAGGGCCUCAUCGACUCAGUGAACAAACAUUGGUCCUGGGCUGAGAGUAUGUUGAAUGUGGUGGAGAAGAAUACGCUAAGAGUGGUGUUCGUUUCUGAGAGGGGGAAGGUUUAUAGGCACAUUUUGUCUCUGCCUUCGUACCAAAGGAACAUGGUCGAGGGCGGGAGCAAAACUUUGGAGGUCAGAAGUGAGAGACGGGAGAUCCAGAGGCAGAAGACGUUGCCUAAUAGAAGUUACUUCAGUUCAAUCCUCAAUGAAAAAUGCAAGGAAUCUGAUACAGACUCAAUACCACAACACGACUUCCUAAAGAAUUCCAGUCCUCUCAGCUUAGUUCUCAACAAAAAACAUAGGGGAGGAGAACAUAGAGGAGGAGGUGACAUUUUCAGUACGUUGGCAUCGAUGCAAAAACUAAGUGUUUUUCAAGAAGUAGCAUCAUCUUUACCUCCAGGAGACCGAUUCGAACUAGCAGAACUCGUUCAACAUAUACAGUCAUCCAAGUCAAGAAAAUCAUCUACAAAGAGAUGGUCUGGUACCUUGCCGAAAAUGAACGAAAAGAACAGAAUUGAGUUGAAAAACGAGUCAUCUCAGAAGUACACACCCAAAGAGGAAAGUGCCGGUAUUCAAAUCAGAAAAAUCGAAGCUGAUAAUAGUGUGAGAAAUUCCAGAAACAGAAAUAAUGCCCUGAUAGAAAGUUGUAGAGCUGCUAGAAUCAGGGAGGAUAGUGGUGUUUUUUAUUUACACGACAGUUUCAAGAUAAAGUCAUUGUUGAGUAAAAGCGAUUCUUUCAAAUAUAGUUAAGCUGCUCAACCACUUUGGAGUGCACAGGAUUUUACGCUUUCAACACUAAUUACCUCGAAAACUAAAUGAUAUAUUGGAAAUUUUGAAACAAAAUCUUGAAUCAGAUAUUGU